AUGGGAAACUUACAACUGUUUAGCUUUCUCUUUGCUGCUCUGAUAUGGCACAGUGGAGCAGUAAAAAAAGUGGUUACUGAAUUUGAACAAUGUGGAGAUCGCGAAAUCGACCUUGCAUUUAUCAUUGACUCAUCUGGAAGUAUUGGAUCAUCUGACUUUAAGUUGAUGCGCAAAUUUCUAGUUGACUUUCUUGAUGACAAUGCCGUUGAUACGGGUUCUGCUAAGGUGUCUGUUGUCUCAUUCUCCUCGUCUGCGCAGGUCGAAUUUUAUUUCAAUACUUACGACAGCAAAGAAGAUAUCCAGCGUGCCAUAAGAAAGAUGCCUUAUAUGAGUAGAGCUACAAACAUGACAGGAGGAUUCCGUUUGGCAAGACAGGAUGUUUUUAAUGUCGAUAAUGGCGACAGGCAGGAUGUAAAUGAUUUAGUAAUUUUGAUAACUGACGGGGAACCUAACAUAGAGAAAGGUGCCAAAUUGAGGGACGAAUUGAAGAAGUGGAAAGGUAAAGGCACAAAGCAAAUACCAAUAUUGGGAUUUGGAAUAGGUCCAGCAUUUGAAGAACAAGAAAAUAAAGAGCUUCUCCAAUCAAUUGUUUCAAGUGAGAUAACUGACGUCGAAAUGGUUGGCUACAUUGAUUCAUACGAAGCACUGGACGAACUUAGAGCUGAUGUAUUCAUGCAGAUAUGUAAAGUAAUCAAAAAGAUUUCGACAGUUAGGAAUGGAUGUGUGUUUAACGGUUGCAUGGACUGGGAUUCAGAGAAAAUGGACGGUUGUAAUAAGUACACGUGCUCGAGGAAAAGUGAAUGCAUGGGCGAUGACCAAAACUCCUGUCUUGGCUUUGAAGUAAAGCUCACUAAUCUCGGGUGCAGUGUAAAAGGACAGUGUCGUGAAGAAGAUUCUACUUGGAGCGAUAACAGCACAUGUGAAUCCUACCAGUGUAAACGUAGACAAGACAAAUAUGGCAAUCCUAUUGGACAAGUUGAAUUGACAGAUGAAAAAUGCUUGGAUCCUGAAGGAAUUUGUAGGGAUAUUGGAUACAAGUACAGUGAACAUUGCAUCGGGUUCAAAUGUGAACGAGUUGAGGAAGUUGAUCAGUCCGGAUGUAAACACGACGGAAAAUGCGUUCCCCUCGGUGAUUCGAUUAAAGAAGACUGCAACGAGUUAGUGUGUACAUACGACGACUCGACACAAUUGUAUGACUUCGUCAUGGACACGAUACGAUGUGACUACGAAUACCAAUGUUACGAAAUAGAUAGCCAAUGGGAAAAUGACGACAACUGCACCAAGUUCAAAUGCAUUUACAACGAAAAAAACAGGAAGGCUGUCGUGAGGGAAAGAGUAGCAGGAUGUAAAAUGGACGGGGGAUGUGUGAAAAAAGGAGAAUCUGUUGGAAAAGCACAAUGUAUUGAAUACAAGUGCAAUCCAGAUGGAGGCUUAGAUUUGGUAACCGCAGGGUGCCCUGUUAAGGACGAGUGCAAACCUGUAGGCUCUUCCUGGCGUAAGCCAGGGGUUUGUGCCCAGUUUUAUUGCCGUGAAGGGGAAUAUGAGGAAGGAUAUGUAUCUACAAUUACGGAUAAAGACAUCGAGUGUCUUGACUUCCAAGGAAAUUGUAUGAAACCAGGAGAAACGACAAAGGACAAUUGUCACACGUAUACAUGUGGAUAUAACGGCAAAUUGAAGAGAACAGAUGCAGCGUGCAAGUACAAGGGAGAGUGUUACAACAUCGGCGAUAUAUGGGAAGAUAGGGACAAAUGUAAAGAAUUCAGGUGCAAAGCUGACGAAACUAAAGGUGCUGUGUACUUCGGGCUAAGAAAUGGAUGCGUUGACGAGGAUGGAGUUUGUUACAAGCCAGGAGAGACACGCAAAGUGCCGUAUUCCUGUGUCACAGAAGUGUGCGGUAUUGAUCACAUUUUGAGAGCUAAUCUAUGCGAAUACAAAGAAAAGUGCUUCGAAAUUGGCCAGGAUUGGAUAGACUAUGAUGACUGUCUCACAUUUUACUGUAAAGAAGAUCCGGUCACCGCCACAGCUGUAAUGGAAGAAGAACCGUAUGGUUGCCUUUGUGACAAGAAAUGUCACGCUCCAGGAACAAUUAUCAAGAAGGGAUGUGAGACUUUCGAAUGUAUGGCUGACGGUAGAGGUUUCAAUCCCAUCGACGAAGAAUGUCCAUGGGAAGGCGAAUGCAAAGCAGUUGGCACAAAAUGGUUCAGCAAAGACGAUUGUGUCAAGUAUGGCUGUGUUCAAAAGGAAGAUGGGGUAUCCGUCGAGGAAAUAAUCCACGGGUGUGAAGACUCUUACAGAGACAGAUGCUUCAGAAACGGCGCUAUAGUUGGAGACAAAUGCAUCAAGUUUAAAUGUGAUAAGGGCAAAAUGGUUCCUUUAACCGUCGGAUGUCCCCAUGAUGGCAGAUGCAUGAACGUAAGUGAAGUGAUCAAGGAUGAAGAGUCUUGUAUACGGUACGAAUGCGCCGUGGAGGAAGAAGGAGAAGGCUAUAUUAAAACUAUCAAAAAGGAAAGAGCUGGGUGUAUGGACCACGAAACUUGCUACUGGCGUGGUCAGACAAAAACAGAAGCAUGUGUCACAUACAAGUGUUUAAAAGGUGGUUUCAAGGUCGUAGAUGCACAAUGUGAAUUCAGAGGUAAUUGCAAGUUCCUGAAUAGUAAAUGGGAGCACGAGAAAAAAUGUUUGACCUUUUCCUGUGAAAAAAAGGGUGACGCUGAAAUUCCAAAAGUCAAAAGGGAUCUUUGGGGAUGCAGGGACGAGAAGGGAAAAUGCCACAAAUUUGGAAAGACGAAAAGGAUAAACAAAUGUGUAACUUACGAAUGUGAAAGAAGGAAGGGAUAUGGUGCUCAAUUUUUCCCAAAAGAAGUCGGUUGUGAGUUCCGCAAAAAGUGCAAGGCGGUCGAUGAGGAGUGGGUGCACAAGAGGAAAUGUGUUAAACAAACAUGUUUAUACACCGAGGGAUCAGAUCUUCCUGAAAUCAUGAGUUCACCUUACGGUUGUAGAACUGGAGGCAAGUGUUAUGCAUUCGGCGAGCGUAUCACAGACGAUGAAAAUGAAUGUGUGAAAUACGAAUGCACUAAAUACGAAAUAUUUUCACCUGUGGAAACAGGAUGUAUGUACAAGGGACAAUGUAAGAAAGACCGUUCCAGAUGGGUCGACAGGGAGAAAUGCAUCCGCUACAAAUGUAAAUCAGAGGCGGUCAAUCCCUCUCAGGUCAUCAUGCACAAGAAAAAGGAAAAAGGUUGCAAGGAUUUCGAAGGAAACUGUAUGUGGCCAGGAGAUACCAUCGUCAAGGACUGUACGACAUACCUAUGUGAUCCGACAAAGGGCACACUCGUCAUUGUUAAAGAAGAUUGUCAAGAUGGCGAUAAAUGCAGACCCCUUAAUUCAGAAUGGUUUGACCCCGAAACUUGCACCGACUUUCGAUGCAUUUACUCACCUGCUCUGAAAGAUAUAAUCAUUGACGCUAAGACAACAGGUUGUAAAAAUGACGAUGGACGAUGCUUCCAGAAGGGAGAUAAGAAAGAAGAAGGAUGCACCAAAUUUCUUUGUAACAAAAACUCAAACUUUAGGCCUGUGGAUAUAGGCUGCAUGUGGAGGAAAAAGUGCUACAAGGUUGGCGAGUCAUGGCAGAAAAAUUGUGUCGUGUACACGUGUGAGCUUGUCUCUAAAGGAAACAACUUCGUGGAAACACACGUGAAUGCGUCUCAUGGAUGUCUAUGCGAGAGUGGCGGUUGCUACCGACCCGGAGAUAUUCGCACCAACGGAUGUCUUCAGUAUGCCUGUCAGGAAGGUGGAGAGUUUGAGGUAUCGAAGUUCGCUUGUACGACUCCCGAAGGGUGUUUGAAACCUGGUGACUUUUAUAUGGAUAAGAAAGAAUGUGUGGAAUACACCUGCAGUAGGAAGACUCGAUCCCUCGAACCAGUGAACAGAAGUUGCAAAUGGAAAGGUGAGUGCAAGGAGAGGGAUUCCAGAUGGUUUGACAAAGACUCGUGCCAGGCAUAUAAAUGUGUCUACAGCCCAGCGGACAAUGAUGUAAAGAUUGUGGAAAGAACGGCAGGAUGCAGAGACGAUGAAGGUCAGUGCACGAGAUCAGGGAAGGAAAUGCCUUCAACCAACGAAUGUGUCAAAUUUGAAUGCGAAAAUGGAGAUUUCGUACCUACGGAAAUUGGAUGUGAAUGGAACGGAAAGUGUGUUCCUCGUGGCUCCUCUUGGCUAGAAGAUUGUGUUCAAUACUCGUGUCAGGUAGAAGAACAAGGACCGACAUAUAUCGAAACCACAGUAGUAGCACACCAUGGUUGCUUUGAUUGCUCGGGAACGUGCUACAUGCCCGGAGAGAUCAUCACCCAGGGAUGUAUGAUUAGGGAAUGCACGUGGGGAGGUAUAUUCCAAAAUGUCAAAGUUGGUUGCAUGUCAAAAUCAGGGGAAUGUUUUGAUAUUGGUGAAAAGGUUAACUACGGUAUUCGAGAACAGAUUUGUGGAGACGACGGUUACUUAACUCCAGUUGAUCCGCUAUUUAUUUACACUUAUCCAUCACAUAUGCCAAUUCAAUUAACAUAUAAGUAUAUGUCAGAGUAG